GUAAAAAAGAGAAGUGACGCCUAUGUCUAGCGGUCAAAUGAUAACAUGUAUCCAAUGUUAACUCCAUACUUCUUAUAUACCGCUAAAACGAGUGAACACACACUGCCAAAGGUUGCUUCUGUUGUUGGUAAGGCGAAGGCGGUAAUGUUGUGUUAGUUUUAUGUGUAACUUAUUAUAUACGAAACAUGAAACAUAAACUUAUAUUCCUCUUCGUAUAUUUUGUAUUCUACAACGACGUAUAUGCUCAAGUUGGCGAUAGAUGUACAUUCAAAGGAACCACAAAAAGAGGGGUUUGCAAAGAAAUUACUAAAUGUCCAGCUGCAGAGGCGCAAGCCAAGCAAGGAACUGAUGAUGUAACUUUAUGUGGUUUUGCAAAUGAUUUGAUUACUGCGAUUGUUUGUUGCGAAGUGACUGUGGAACCAAAUGAUAAUCUCCUCCCUGCCGACUUUGAUACAAAUGGAGAAACAAGUCCACCAGGAAAAAUGAGUGAAAGAAAGUGUCAAGAAUAUAGUAAAGCAAUUACAUCUGAAGUACAAGUUUUAUCCUUGGUCUCAGAUGCGACACCUAUGUCUUACCGUACUCCUAAAUGUGAUUACAACACUGUACCAUUAAUAGUGGGUGGUACACCCGCAGAGGCAGGGGAAUUUCCAUUUAUGGUAGCAAUCGGAUUCAAUACAACUUCUGAUCGAUGGAGAUGUGGAGGAACAUUGAUAAGCACUAGAUUCGUUGUUACUGCUGCACAUUGUUGUUAUACAAGAGAUGCUGGGAAACCGAGUGUAGUACGUGUUGGAGAACUCGAUUUAGCAUCAGAUCAGGAUGGUUCGGUGUAUGCGGACUAUUUAAUUUCACGAGUAAUUGUACAUCCAGGAUAUUCAGCUCCAUAUAAAUAUAAUGAUAUCGCUCUUCUAGAAACACAACAGCCAGUAGUUUUUACAAAUUUUACAAGACCUGCUUGUCUCAAUCUUAACCAUAACGUAGCUCAAAGUCAAGCUAUCGCUACAGGAUGGGGAAAAACUGAUUUUGCUGGUGAUGCUAGUGAUAGACUAUUAAAAGUCACUUUAAAUCUAUACGACAAUCAGAGAUGUCAGAGAACAUUUCCCCCCAAUAAUAAAGAACUACCAAGAGGAAUAGAAAGUACCAUGUUAUGCGCUGGUCAUCUUGAGGGAGGAAAAGAUACUUGUUAUGGAGAUUCUGGAGGUCCUCUUGUAGUAACAAAAAAGGGAAAUAUGUGCCAAUUCUUCCUAGUUGGAGUGACUUCUUUUGGUAAACUUUGUGGUCAAAAAAAUACUCCUGCUAUUUAUACUAGAGUUUCAGAAUACAUACCGUGGAUAGAACGAAUAGUAUGGAAAUCAUAGUUUUUAUAAUAAUUUUUUGUACUAGACACAUUUAGUAUUUUGUAGAGUAAUGAAGUAAAAUUAAAUAUUGACUAAAUUGUAAAAAUUUUAAUUUGUAACUUUUAUAUUUAAUUUCUGACUUUUCUAUUAAUUUUUAUGAGAAAUAAAUUUCAUGCUAUUUUU